AGCGACUGGACCCUCUUGCUCAAUACGACGGAAAGUGACAUCAAGGAUAACGGCGAGGCAUCUGUGGGCGAAGCCGUGCCAACCGUUCCCAAUUCCACUCGAUUGCAGGAGCUGCAGGCCGCGUUAAGCAAUCGCUUGCCUGACAUUACCGACAGUCAAUGGGCAGGCGCACGCAUCGUUGCCGACGGAACGAUGAAGCUAGCGAGCGACCGGGUGAACCAGCUGGUUGACAGAGAUCAGCUCAGCAAGGCUCGGGCGAUCAUUCGCGAGACACCGUGUCUUGACGCUGACUCCUGCGACGAGAGCGCAGACAAUGGCAUGGCGUAUGCCCAGCUUGCAGUGGCGACUCUCGAGGCACAGAGGCAGCGUGCCAUGGUGCAGUUUAUGGCGAAGGCGCAACGACUACUCACGCAAUAUCGGUACUACCGCCUCGAGCCUCAGUUCUGCAGCCAGCCCGGGGAUGACGCUGCAUGCGAGUUCAUGUCCCUUGGUCUCAAUUCGCCCGCAUCAGAUGUAAGCAAAGCCCUUCAGAAACUAAAAGGCGACGAGAUCUCUACGCUGCUCGAUCACGGCAUGGUGCCAAAGCAUUCGACGUCGCGUACCUUCACCUUCACUGCGGCCUCUCACCCGACCGAGUUUGCGUCCCUGCACAACACCGGGUCGGCUACUUUCGUGGUACCCAAGCCGCCGCCAGCGCCACCUGGCUUCUUCUGGGGCUCAAAGAUUGAAGAUUUGCGGGUGUACCUGCUACCGUUCCCCACCGACGCGCCGGAUGGCUUCGUGAGCGCGGAGCUCACCAAGGGGCCGGAGUCCAUCUUCACGAACAGCGCCGGCGACGAGGUCACGUUUACACACGAACCCAAAUCGUUUGGAGCGAUGCGAUGGGCAAUCGGUUCUCCUAAAGUGCCGUGCGAG